UAUUACGGAAGUGGAUGCUUUGUCGGCGUCGUAUUUUAACCCUAGAGUCCUUGGACAACAGAAGUAAUGCACGCGAGGGUCCAGCAGUGUGUUGUCUGAUCCCCACCAUCAAAAUGACGGAUACGAGGAAAAAGCCGCGACUGAGCCAUGCUAACAGAAACUCACAAACCGGCGUCUUCAUAGGCAGUCAGACAAAUACCACCGGACCAGACGGUAGUUUUGUGGAUGGCGCGAUACUUCACAUCGCCAUGAAAAACUUUCUGACAUACGACUACGCUGUGGUUCGUCCUGGACCAAACCUCAACAUGAUUGUUGGGGCAAAUGGAACGGGCAAGUCCAGCAUUGUGUGCGCCAUCUGCCUGGGCCUGGCAGGCAAGACCUCUGUCCUUAGUAGAGGAGACAAGGUUGGCCACUAUGUGAAACAUGGAUGCAAUAAAGGAUCUGUCGAAAUUGAGCUGUUUAAGAGUGGUGGGAAUGUAGUGAUUAACCGAGAGAUCCAUGUGGAGAACAAUCAAUCUGUGUGGAUGCUGAAUGGAAAACAUUGUAGCCAGAAAACAGUGGAAGAAGAGGUCAAGGCUCUACACAUUCAAGUCAGCAACCUUUGCCAGUUCUUGCCACAGGAAAAAGUGGGAGAAUUUGCCAAAAUGUCCAAGAUUGAGUUGCUGGAGGCAACUGAGAAGUCUGUGGGUCCACCGGAAAUGUACGAGUAUCACUGCGAGCUCAAAAACUUUCGCACCAAAGAACGAGAAAUGGAGAAUGUUAUAAAGGAGAGGAACAGUUAUUUGGAGAAGUCCAGGCAGAGAAACGAGAGAAACAAACACGAUGUGAACCGUUAUUAUGAAAAGAAGAGGCAUCUGGAUGUGAUCGAGUUGUUGGAGAAGAAAAAACCUUGGGUGGAGUAUGAAACUACCCGCAAGGAACUUGAAGAUGUGAAGAAAGAGCGAGAUGAGGCUAAAAGGCAGCUCUCCACCCUGAAGCAGGCACAAGUGCCCUUGCUGACAAAGCUGCAGUCCAUUGAAGAGCAGCGGAAGCCCAUUGAAACACAAAUGAAGGCAAAGAAUGCUGCAAUCAAAGAAGUGUCUCUGAGUUGUAAACAGAAACAGGAUCAGUUGGAUCGAAUCCACAAAGAGAUCGAACACAUAAAACAAGCAUUUAAGAUGAAGCAAACAGAGGAAGAAGAUCAGAGGAAGCGCAUCAGCAAUGCCAAACUGACCAUCGAGGACUUAAAAGCCGAGCUUGCCAAAGUCGCCAACCAACCAGACCUAACUCCAAGGAUAAAUGCUGUCAACACUGAGCUGAAGCAUAUCCAGGUUGAGAGGGCAAAGGUGGAAGGAGAGAAAGCUGACCUUCGGAGGGAGAAGGACAACCUGUGUGCUGAGUUGAGAAUGUUGGAAAGAAAGCUCAGCGACAUGAACAACAUGAUGAACGCCAAAGAGGAGAAGCUGCGUGGACGCCACAAGGACACACACACGGCUCUGCAGUGGCUCAGACAGAACAGACACCUCUUCAGUGGAAAUGUACAUGAGCCCAUGAUGCUCGUGAUUAACAUGAAAGAUCAUCGCUUUGCGAAGUACGUAGAGACCCACAUCUCCUUCCAUGACUUGCGUGCAUUUGUUUUCCAGAGGAAAGAUGACAUGGAAAAGUUCAUGAUAGAGGUCCGUGACAAAAUGAACUUGAAAGUGAAUUCUAUUUCUGCCCCGGAUAUGUCAUGUUCAACACAACCUCCAUCACGCAAUAUUGAAUCUUUGAGGUGUUUCGGUUUUUUCACCUUUCUGAGAGAGAUGUUUGACGCUCCUGAUGAGGUGAUGAGUUACCUGUGUCAACAGUAUAAAGUGCAUGAUGUUCCUGUGGGCAAUGAGCAGACCAAAGCCAUGAUUAGAACGGUGAUUGAGGAGCCCUACCUCAAGGUGUUGUACACAACAGAUGAGAGAUACACAGUAAGGAGGUCCUUGUACUCCAAGAGGAUAAACACAAGUAACACAGCGGUGCACCCCUCCCAGUACCUUAGCAUCGCUGUGGAUGCUGAAGCAAAACGGCAGGUGGAGCAACAGAAAAAGGUCACCCAGAUGAGAUUACGAGACAUUGAUGAGCGGUUAAACGCAAUGCAGAAAGAAGUGUCCUUACUGGAUCGCCGCGACAACGAACUGUUAUCCGAGAAGAAGAACCUCUUGGAUUUAAAUGGCAAAAAGAGGCAACUGCAGCAGAAAAUAAGCACAAAACAAGACAGACUGAGACAGAUGGAGAACAGUGGAAUUGAUCUGAGGAAGAUUCAGGAGGAGACAAAUGAGAAAAUUGCUGCUGCCAAUUCCCGAAAGACAUCUGUAGUUGCAGCAUUAAUGGCACAAAUGAAGCUGAGAGCCAAGUUGUCCAUGGAGAAGGUGUACCUGGCUUUGGGGAGUGUAGGUCUGUUGGCAGAAAAGACCAAGCUGGAGAAAGACUGUAGAGAAGGCGCGAGCGGACUCAGAAGCACUGAUCAAAGAUGCAGCCGCCUGGAGGAGAGGAAGAUCUUGCUGACAGAACAAUGCAAAGGCUUGAUGAAAAGAGCAAAAUCAAUUUGUAGGAUGCAACCUGAUGAUGUGUUACCCCAGGACCUGCAAACUGUCAGUGCCAUUAUUUUGUUUAACUCUUUCUGGGGAAAAAAUGUACUUGCUUUCGGUCAGCUACCAGACACACUGGACGAGUUGGACGCCAUGUUGAAUGAAGAACGGUCCAGAGCCGAAUGCUUUACAGGACUCAGUAAAACUGUUGUUGACGAGUACAAAAAGCGGGAGCAGGAAAUUAAACAGCUUGAACAGGAACUGAACGACAAGAACGCUGCCUUAACUGCUUUCAGACAAAAUAUAUCAGAGGCUAAAGAACGCUGGCUCAACCCUCUGAAGCAGCUUGUGGAACAGAUCAAUGACAAGUUCAGUGAUUUCUUUUGCUCCAUGCAGUGUGCAGGAGAGGUGGAUCUCCACUUUGAGAAUGAGGAAGAAUAUGACAAGUAUGGGAUCUGUAUACGGGUCAAGUUCCACAAGAGUAGUCAGUUGCAUGAGCUUACACCCUUCCAUCAGAGUGGAGGAGAGCGCAGCGUCUCCACUGUGUUGUACCUCAUGGCCUUGCAGGAACUCAACCGUUGCCCCUUCAGAGUGGUGGAUGAGAUCAACCAGGGAAUGGAUCCUCUAAAUGAGAGGAGAGUCUUUGACAUUGUUGUUCGCACCGCCUGCAAAGAGAGAACGUCGCAGUACUUCUUCAUAACACCGAAACUGCUGCACAAUCUUGAAUACGCUCAGGACAUGACUAUCCUUUGUGUCCAUAACGGCGCCCACAUGGUUCCCCCCAACCAGUGGGACGAGAAAGCUUUUAUGAGACGAUGCCUAAGAAGAAAAGCUCAGACAUGAAUAUGAACCCUUUGACAUUCCACAAAACAUUCUACAUUCAACCUCCAGAAAGUUAUGAAUGAAACAAACUUUAAUGUCCCAUCUUUUUGUAAUGCAUCUUUAAAUAGUUGUCAGUGUAAGUGAAUUGGAGGCAAGUAAGGCAGUGUUUGUGAAAAGGGUUUUUAUUUUAAAGGUUCUAAUGCCAUAUGGUUUCUGUCUGAGGGAAACACUCUUGCUGUAUAUGGGGAGCAUCUUACCCAGACAGAGAAUAAACAGGUGCCCGGUUUUCAUUAUUAAUCCUUGUUUUCCUGUCCACCCUAGUUGUAAUCAGAGAAGAUAAGGAGGGAUCAACUUCAUACAGCACUACCUGAUCUUCACUUAGUACUUUAAAUGGGGCACUGGUGUGGGCGGACACACUCCCACAGCAUUUUCGCACGCAUCACAAACAGACUCCCUUUGGUAUAAAACCUGAUUCUUGUUCCAAAACAAGUCUCUGUGUUGGUCAUAGAUGGACUUUAGCUGCAAGUCAAGGCUGUCUUGUGGAACCUGAUGACAGAGAAUUUGUAUGUUCAUAUUGAAAUUUCAGGCUUGUUCCAGACAUGACCCAGUUCAAACUGGCAAUCCAUGCAGCUCACCCCAUGCUCGUGAUGCAUUGCACUUCGCUGGGUGCUUGCCACCGUGGCUGCAUUAUGAAGGCGACUCCAGGGUUCCUCCAUUUGGGCAAUGUGAGUAGGUUUGUCAUAGGUUUGCGUCUGUGCAGAGGGGAAAGGGAAAACAAAUGACAUGCUUUGUAAUGGACAUUAAACAAUUCCACACA